CAAAAUAUUCAAAUGAAAAUAUUGGCGCAAUAUUCGAGCGAAUUAAAAUCUGUGAACACUGUUGAUUACAGUGUAAACCACAGUAAGACAGUGCCUAUUGUGUUACAAAUUUCGCUAACGUCAGCUGCACACGAAUUCGUUCAUACUGUACUGUGCGAAAAUAUUGAAAUCAGUUGAAUAAACCACAGUGUUAAAGACAGAGUGUUAUAAUAUCCGGGCAACAAAAUGAAUGGCAGUGCCAAGCCAAUUGCUGGAGUGUUAAGUACCCGUCAAUUAUUGUUUGCACGAGAUCCGGAAGUAAAAAAACGUUCGGACCAGAACAUGAAAGAUUUUCUGAACUCAUCGGAAAUGCUUCCACAGAGCGAAUUUCCAUACGUUGGUUCCGAUGACAUUUUGAAUCAUCUAUUCGAUGUGAUCAAUCGUCAGGUGUUCAACGCGAAUUUGGAUGGCAUCAAACUGGAAUGGUGUGACACAUUAUCGUCUCGUGCUAUUAUUGCAUACGAACAGAGCACGUACGCAACGCGUCAAACGUAUAUUCGGUGCAGUAAGGCAUGGUUUAGGAAUCGGAAUCGUCAGCAGUUUGUUGAAGCAAUUUUGUACGAACUCAUACACCUGUAUGUAAAAAAGCGUGGUGCUGAAGCCGGUGAAGAAACCAGUCCAGACUUAAUGGCGUACGUAAUAUAUGGCGGACUGGACUAUUUCAAUGUGAAAUACGAAAUGAACCUCGUUCUCAAUCAGAACCAUAAAAGCGGAAACGUCGAUGACACCGAAGUGGUGCGAGAGACUUUGAAAUCAACUCUACGUGAACGUAAAGCGUCAACUGGAAAGAUACCCCAAUUUACAUUGGGUCCGGAAGCUAAACUGUUAUCCAGGAGAAUUACUGGAAAUAAGAACGCAGUGAAAUGUGAUGCUGACAAUGGUUGUGGUGGUUUUUGCUACGGGAGCGGAUGUCCGGCAGCUGCAGCACUGCGGCAACGGUAUUUGGGUUCGAAUAUUUACUUUCUUUUCACUGUUGAGCGACCGCUGGAGUGUUUCCUUUGCGAGAACAAAGGUAAGGGAACGUUGAAUGCGCAUUUCAACAAGGACUGCAAGGCGUUCGGACGACCGAAGAAAAACGUUCACGAUGACCAGAUUUUUCUGCUGUAAAUGAAAUCGAAUUUCUUUAAUGGUCAGCGUUGUCUAUUAAGAUUAAUUUGUCGUCUUAAUCGGCAAUAUUUUUUUGAAUUGAAGAUCAUUUUCGCGCAUUUUUUCAUUACUUUUCAAUUCCUUGAUGGAUUCUAAUAAAGGGCACCAUUGAAAUUAUUAAACGAACCAUUUUAGAA